AUGCUGGUUUCAGCCGCGACCCUCAUUCCCUGUGCUGAAACGUCCGGUUUAAUCGAGUGCGUUGAUGCCUGGAGUCUUAAGGAAGCCUGCCGCGCUGCUGCUUUGUGGCAGAACGACCUCACGGUGUGCGUCAAUAUUUCCCCCUCAUGGCUAUGUCAUGAGAGGCUCGCCAGGCUGAUCGAAGAUGUUCUAACAGAAACCUCCCUUCCGCCAAGCCGUCUUCAAAUCGAUUUUUCUGAGAAAACAGAUUUUGGACCAUCAGAAAGCGUCUACCGGGAACUGGCAAAAAUCCGUGCCAUGGGCGUCAAAAUCGCCUUGGACGAUUUCGGCUCUGGCUAUUCUUCACUGGAGCGUCUCUCGCUCUACCCUGUGGACAAGAUCAAGGUAGCGAGGUCUUUCCUCCUCAAGCUGGAAGCGGACCCGCGCUCACGGCGUAUAUUGCAGCAUAUCGUCCACCUCGCCCGAAGCCUUAACAUCAUCUGUUGCGCCAAAGGCGUAGAGACGGAGCAUCAGAUGGCGUUUCUGGCGUCCUACGGAUACGAGGAGGUGCAGGGCUUCCUCGUUGGGGCUCCUAAAAGCUCAGAGGAAGGCGCCAUCACACCCUAUAUGGACGGCCACUAG